GAGAAAACAAGAAAUCCGAGACACAAGUGCUUUGUACUAAUGGGCCACGAGUCAUUGCCUUUUCAGGCAGCACCGAUCACAUCCACUUUUUCGAUUUCACGCUCAACUAACCUGGACUGGGCUCGGCUCACGAUUCCGCAUGGCUUUCAACGCACCGAAAAGGCUGGCAGGCUCGAAACGAAAGCUCCGUGGGCAGUCCGAACCAGGGAAGAAACGAGUCAAAAUCCAGCACAAGAAUGCCGACAGUUUACCGUGGAAGGUCGUCGCGCGACCUAUUGAAACUGGAAUGAGUGGAGACGACGGGAUCCUUGAGCUAGAAGAGGUCGACGAUGUUGAAGUCUUCUAUGAGGAGACGGAGGCGGGCAGGAAGAUCACCUUCAAUGUGAUGGAAUCCUCCAAAGACUCUACGGAAAAGGAUGCAGAAAUUGGGACAGGCUUGGAUGUAGGAGAAGAUCAGGGCGAGGAGCUGGAAACUGGAUCAGUGGUCGAGGAUGGGGAGGAUCCAGUAGAAGAUCCCACAGAGCCAAUACAACCCUUCGAUUCCGAAAACCUGUUGCCCAAUUGGCACCCAUUCUCUCUACACCCUCAGCUUCUCCGUAUCCUGCAUUCCAAAAGCUUCGCAUCUCCAACACCUAUUCAAUCCGCUGCAAUUCCCUCAGCACUAUCUGGCCGAGAUGUUGUCGGGGUUGCUCAAACAGGAUCAGGGAAAACGUUAGCUUACGGGCUUCCUAUCCUCCACCGUCUUCUCUCUGAAGCCAAGCCGUCAUCAAAGUCAAAAACACGCCGACUCGGUGCAUUGAUUCUGGCGCCUACGCGAGAACUGGCCCUCCAAGUCUCCGCGCAUCUCAACGCGUGUCUGAACGCUGUUUCGGAAACGGGACCCAAGGGCCACAAAUCCACAGGAACGAAAGUCGCGAAAAAGAGCCAAGAACCAGUGGAGCCACGAACGCCCCCUCUUGUCAGCGUCGCUGCUAUUGUCGGUGGAAUGUCUGCUCAAAAGCAGCGACGAGUGCUUGAUCGAGGUGUCGAUGUCCUGGUUGCAACCCCCGGUCGAUUGUGGGAUAUCAUGCAGGAUGAUGACGAUUUGGCGAAUCAGAUCAAGAGCCUCAAGUUCCUUGUGCUGGAUGAAGCGGAUCGGAUGAUCGAAGCGGGUCACUUUGCGGAGCUGGAGAACAUCUUGCGACUAACACUGCGCGAGUCCAAGUCCGACCAGAUCGAGCCGGAAGAAGGGGAUGAACCAGAGCCUGUUCAUGAUGGACUGCAGACUUUUGUCUUCUCUGCGACCCUGAGUAAGGACCUACAACAAAAUUUGAAACGAAGACGUCGUUCCAAACCGUCAAACUAUAAGCGCGGGAAGCAACACGAGCCAGCGUCGACACUGGAUGAUUUGUUACUGCGGCUUGACUUUCGCGACCCCGAACCCAAGGUCAUCGAUCUCAGUCCUCAGGGCGGGGUAGUUUCCACACUGAAAGAAAGCAAGAUCGAGUGCCUUUCCGCAGACAAGGAUCUCUAUCUCUAUUAUUUCCUACUUCGAUACCCUGGGCGCUCGCUUGUUUUCCUGUCCUCCAUCGAUGGUAUCCGACGACUGAUGCCUCUGACGGAGCUCCUCAAUGUCAAGGCAUUUCCUCUGCAUUCUCAGCUGGAGCAGCGCCAGCGGCUUAAGAAUCUGGAUCGCUUCAAAUCGACACCGAAUUCUGUGCUGCUGGCGACGGAUAUUGCCGCACGAGGGCUGGACAUUGACGCUGUGGACCACGUCAUCCACUAUCAAAUACCUCGCACAGCAGAUGCUUAUGUCCACCGUAAUGGACGAACGGCCCGCGCGAACCAGAAGGGAUUCAGCAUGCUUAUGUGUGCUCCAGACGAGCGGAAAACGGUCCGUGCGUUGUUGAGCAGUCUGGGUCGUCAGGAAAGCGAAGUGGCUGAAAUGGAGGUCGACUUGGGCAUGCUUGACAAGCUGAAAGAGAGAGUCCAGCUUGCACGCCAGAUUGAAACGUCACACCACAAAGUCAAAAAGGCGAACCACGACAAGAAAUGGAUCAAAGAGGCAGCUGAGGCUCUUGAAGUGGAUCUGGAUUCGGAUUUCAUGAGGUUCGCAUCCCGUUCAUUGUGUUCAUUCCUUCUGAAUGAGGGAUGUUUUCCCAGCGACUCGGACGAGGACAAGCCAUCGAACCGUCAGCGCAAGUCCAGGGAUCUCAAGGCCGCGCACAUGAAAGACAAGUUGAGGCAGAUGCUCGCAAAGCCACUUGUCGCGCGAGGCGUGAUGACAAAGUACAUCACGUCGGGCAGUCGCCCGAUUGUUGAUGAUCUUCUCGCUGGCCAAUUUCAUGACACGAUGGUUGGCGUGCCCAAGACUGAGGCAGGCAGCGAUCUUGUUAGCGGACGGAAGACAAGAAAAGCCAAGAACAAGCUGAAGGGGGUGUGAGCUGUAUCAGUCGUCAGUGUCAGUAGUCCUAGGAAGCAAAAAUCGCGACACUACAAACUGCGCAGUCGCGGGACCGCGCAUCGGCCUGGCCUGGCCAAUUGGGACCGCCGGUCUCUCAAUUUCUCGGGCACGGUCACAAAUAUUGCUCCGAUACUUCUCAUUCGAUAACUGCGCACACUCCUUCAGAAAGCGUCUCGGAUAUCUUCGGUUUACUGUAUCCACGUCUAAGCAUCGCUACUCCCGGGCCUAGAGACCACGGAUGCCAGUUUCUGGCCACCGCAUGGACUCUGAACACAGGUCCCGCUAGUUGCAUUAGGCGGGCGUUGCAGGCCUUCACCGGAGAUCCAAAGCCCUCUCCAACCCUCAUCUAUGAACGUGUUCUGACUCGGGAGUGCACAACAUGCCCGAAGCGUUGUUUGGACUUUGGGCACGAAGAACAUGUAUCUGAUUGACUCGCCCAAAUGAUGAUUCUUGAGUAGGACAGACAAGUUUGCUGACUGCGCUUCUCGACGUAGUUCGUCAGGUCAACCUUCGUGCAAUGUUACUUGCGGUGGUUCUCUCGAUCCUGCUUUGCUUUGCUAUUCAGGAUGGGUAACUUUGGUUCAGUGUUGAGCUCGAAAUGUGCACACACGGACACUUCGAGGCUUACGAAAUUUGUUAAUCUCAAAAACAAGAUUAUAUUCUUUACUGCUGACCUGCUGUCAUCGGUUCGAUGGUGUAGUUGGUUAUCACUUCUGUCUAACAGUUGACAAUUUAAUUGUGCUGUUCAC